AUGCAGAGAUAAGUUUAAAGAUUUGUUAAUACUUCUUGUUAAAAUUGCAUCAUAUUAAGUAAGAAAAUAUAUAGUAUUUAAAGACUUCUUUUGUUUCAUUAGAUCAAGUUAUUAAAGUUACAAAUCGAAGAGUAAAUGCUCUUGAAUAUGUCGUCAUCCCUAGAUUCAUAGCUACUAUGAAUUACAUUGAUAUGGAAUUGGAUGAAAUGUCAAAAGAAGAUUUUUUCAGGUUUAGUUUAGAAUUAUGAAUUAGAUUGAAGAAAGUGCUUGAUAACAAGAGAAAAAUAAUUGAAAAGCAAAAUUAAGAAACAGCUAAAAGAUAAUUAGAAGUAGAGGAUAUGAAUUGGUAAGAGAGAGAGAGUUAUGAUAUGUUGGCAGAAGAAUAACCUGAUGAAGAUGUAUUCUUUUGAG